UGGCUCCCAUGAAUUCCUUCCCGCCUCGUCAUCUCCCCUCCUGUCGUCCCGGCUGGUCAAAAUCCUUCGCGUACACACCCACGCGUAUUACCAUGUAUACAUAGCCUCGCCCCCGGCCCGUACGCGACUGCGAUAGAUCCCCCAACCCUCCCCGCCCGCCCUCCGCCCCGCCGCCUCUCCCCAUCUACGCCAGCAGCCCAGCGGAAACGCACACUGGAAAGCCGAGGGAUCCACGAGCCGGGCCACGCUGCGAGGAGCCAUGGAGUUCACCGCUGCGUCCAGCAGCAGCAGGCUGUCGAAAGAGGGGGACGAGGAGGAGGGGGAGGAGAUGGAGGAGGAGGAGGCGGAGGAGGCCUCCCCGCGUGAGAUCCCCUUCAUGACGGCCAUGACGGCGGCCGCCUCGUCCUCCUCUCCGACACCCACGGCCUCUCCUUCAGCGGCCGCGGCCUCUGCGUCGGCGUCGGGCUCGGGCUCUCCCUUCCGCUCGAGCGACGGCGCUGGGGCGUCUGGGAGCGGGGCUGGCGGCGGCGCGAGAGGGGGCGACGUGGAGGUGAUCGACAAGGAGCACAUGUUCGACAAGGUGGUCACGCCGAGCGACGUGGGGAAGCUCAACCGGCUGGUGAUCCCCAAGCAGCACGCCGAGAAGUACUUCCCACUGGACGCGGCGGCCAACGAGAAGGGCCUGCUGCUCAGCUUCGAGGACCGCGGGGGCAAGCUCUGGCGCUUCCGCUACUCCUACUGGAACAGCAGCCAGAGCUACGUCAUGACCAAGGGCUGGAGCCGCUUCGUCAAGGAGAAGCGCCUCGACGCCGGGGACACCGUCUCCUUCUGCCGCGGCGCCGCCGAGGCCACGCGCGACCGCCUCUUCAUCGACUGGAAGCGCCGCGCCGAACUCCGCGACCCGCACCGCCUCGCGCGCCUGCCCAUGCCCAUGCCCACCUCCUCGCCCUACGGCCCGUGGGGCGCCGGACCGGGCGGUUUCUUCAUGCCGCCCGCGCCUCCAGCCACCCUCUACGAGCACCACCGCCUCCGCCAGAGCUUCGACUUCCGCAGCAUCAGUCCCGCCGCGCCGCCGAGGCCGCAGGUGCUCUACUUCGGCUCCGCAGGAAUUUUCCCGCACGCGACCAUGCCGCCUCCGCAGCCGCAACCUCCGCUGCACAUUGCGGUGCAACCGAGCCCGGCGGUCACGGUCGGCAUGCCCAUGGUCCUCGAUUCGACGCCACUCGUCAACAGCCCGACGGCGGCCGCGAAGCGCGUGCGGUUGUUCGGAGUCAACCUCGACAACCCGCACACCCACGGCGGCGAGUCAAGCAACGACGCCAACGCAUUGUCGCUGCGGAUGCCCGGAUGGCAAAGGCCGACACCGUUUAGGUCGCUGGAAUUGCCCCAGCACGGUGCAGCCGGAGCGGAGUCGUCCGCUGCCUCGUCGCCGUCGUCAUCAUCAUCCUCCAAGAGAGAAGCUCAUUCCUCCUUGGAUCUCGAUCUGUGAACGAUAUUUGGUGAGCUCGAUCGGGAGCGUGCCCAAGGAAAGUUCAACAAUUCCUUCUUCAGUUUGUCACCUUCCUUUUCUUCCUCUCCACCUUUUGCGGUUCCGUUAUAACAUUGAUAGAAGCCAGCAUUUAACAUUUUGUUUUCGUUUUCGUUUUGGCCAAUCAAAUUCUUGGGUGUUGGUUUGAGAAUUAUUAAUAUAUAGAGAGAAACUAGCGAAUCAA